AUGGUAUUGCGCAUACGAAGAACUAAGAAGUUGGCGCUAUUAAUCUUCACAUCAUUGUUAUUUCUCAUUGUUCUAUUUAGGGUCUACCCACAAUAUUCGUUUUCCGACCAUUUCGAAACACACAGAAAAGAUGAUCCUUCUGGCAAUGUGCACUGCCUUUCUAGAGUGCUUCAACUAGGAGGAUAUGAAAAGCCAGGGUUAACAAGUGGAUUCUACGAACCAAAUAGGUGGAAAUCUUUUAUAUCUUACAUGACUGGAGGUCGCAAGGAUGUGAAAACUGUGUCCCAAUCGUUAUCCAAUUUGGAUUUGUAUCAAAAAUGCUCCAAAGAAACCCACGUUGAUCAGGAUGUUCCUCUUCUUCGUAGGGUAGAAAGCAAGUUGUUCCCUUAUGUAAACUUCACAGCUCUGAAUAAUGAAGAAUCUCAAGAUUUUUGGCCUGUUCAUACUCGAUUUGAUGGAACGACGUUCCGUGGACGGGUGUUACAAUUUUCCUCUGAAAACAAUUCGUUCAUUGGAACUUCACCCAUUGAAUUCAAGGUCAGCGAACCUUUUUGGGAGAACUGGUUGAAUUCAGCUCUCCAAAGAAAUUCAAAAGGUCUGGUAAUGAGCGUAUCGGAUUAUCUGGUGGCUGAUACGAUUCGACUAAUAAGAGUUUUACGGCUGUUAAAUAAUUCUCUUCCGAUUGAAAUUGUUCACAAGUCGGAUUUACAUGAGAGUUCUCAACAGCUCUUGAUAGCAUCCGCCAGAGAAUCUGGGUCCUUGAAUUAUCCCCCUCAGGAAUUAUGGUUUCUGGACGUGAAGGACAUGUUAAAUGACGAAUAUAUAGCAAAGUUCAAGCGAUUUUCGAAUAAAUGGCUAGCAAUUACCUUUUCCUCAUUUCAAAUACCAAUCUUUUUAGAUUCAGAUACUGUGCCAUUUGUCCCACUAGAUACACUAUAUGAAAUGGACGAGUUUAAAAGAACUGGCACACUUUUUUUUAAAGACAGGAGUUUUCCAACUUCCAAGUUGAGCUCUCUCCAGGUUAGAGUUUUGAAGCAGAUAAUUAAUAAUAGUCUGGGUAUAUCUUCAGAUUCGAAACAAGGUUUUGAAAUUCUAAAAAAAAAUCUAAACGACGAGAUGGCAACUGAUGCCAUAGAAAGCCUGAUUCUCAAGAAACAAAAGCAUUACAUGGAUAGCGGCUUACUAAUAUUCGACAAGCAAAAACAUUUUUUUUGUCUACCAAUCGCAAUAAUGCUGCAGUUCUCGCCCAUCCAAGAAUAUUUCCAUGGUGAUAAAGAAUGGUUUUGGCUUAGUUUGUUCAUAUUUAAAAAAGAGUUUACUUUUUAUCCAGUAGAGGCCUCAAAUGUGGGGGAAGUAGAGGAACUGAGGACUCCAGAAAGUGGUAAGAUCUGUUCUAGCCAACUAUCUCACACGGACAUGUAUGGUAAUCUUUUGUGGUUGAAUGGCGGUCUAUCCGUUUGCAAAAAAAAUUGUUGGGAUUAUGAUUUUAGAAAGCAUAAGGAUAUUGCGGCUGAAUACAAGAGCGUUAAAGAAUUACAGAAGCACUAUCAAUCACCCGUGAAACUCGAAGCUGUCAUAAUACCCGAUGUUAACAAGGCCCCCUGGUUGCAACAAAACGAAUGCGUUAUGUACAGCUACUGUACUCAUUAUAAGAAGGGAAAAUACGGAAAAUUGAUAGAUUUUACAGAUUCCCAAAGGAGAAAUUACGAGAAAGUUGUGAAAUUAUGGAACGAGGUUGUAUAG